AUGAAUGACCACGAGAAGACAGGGGAUGAGAAUAUUAAACAAUGGAUCUGCUUCUUUCCCUCUAUGAACUCCUCCCACACAAAAACCACAGUUGAACUCUUAAACAUACAGAUUACAUAUGAGAUUAGGGCUAACACUAUGUACCAUUGAAUCUGUUCAUUUCCAAGAUCAUAUACCUCCAGCCCUUGCUCCAGUAGCAUCGUAUUAGCUGAGGAAUACUAUGUCGAGCAAGUUAGCGACGAUGACAGGGAGGUACUGUGGAACCUAUGAAAAGCUAACUUCCCAACUGAUUUCGUACUAGGGAUUAGGGAAUGCCCAGUAUGGAUAUCAAAAAGUCCAAUGUUACGCAUGCAGAGGAAAUUAAAUGCCUAGCCAACAAAGCAUUUACAGCUCACAAAUAUGCUCAAGCUAUUAAUUUAUAUACGGAAGCUAUUGAACUCAACAAUCGGAAUGCUGUAUAUUGGGCAAAUCGAGCAUUUGCACACAUUAAGCUAGAGGAGUAUGGUAGCGCGCUAGAGGAUGCAUCGAAAGCUAUUGAAGUCGAUCCUAGAUAUUCCAAGGGUUAUUACAGGCGUGGUGCUGCUUAUCUUGCCAUGGGGAAGUUUGAAGAAGCACUUAAAGAUUUUCAGCAGCUCAAGAAGAUGUGUCCUAAUGAUCCUGACACCAUCAAGAAGUUGAAGGAAUGCGAGAAAGCAAUUGUGAAGCUUAAUUCUGAAGAAGCUGUUGCAGCUCCAGUGCCACAAACGGAUUCUGUGGCCGAUUUGCACCGUGUAGGGGCAGGUUCAAACGCAACGUCAUUGCCGCCCCAAAUGGCUAUAGUAGCAGCAGCAGUAGCAACUACAGCGAUUGCAAUUUCGACUCUCAGCACAAAAGCUGCCACAUUAGUAGCUGCAAUAGCAGUGGUGGUGCUGGUAAUCAUGGGCACACGUUGGUGGGGUGGCAGUGGAGGUGUUAUCAAUGCAAAGACUCUAGAUGUCGAACCACAGUAUUCUGGAGCAAAAAUAGAGGGAGAUAUCAUAACGUUGGAUUUUGUGAAGAAAAUGAUGGAUGAUUUCAAGAACCAGAAAUCCUUGCACAAGCGAUAUGUAUUACAGAUUCUUCAGCAAACAAAAGAAAUAUUGAAAGCUCUUCCUUCGUUAGUUGAUAUAACAAUUCCUGAAGGCAAGCACCUCACAGUUUGUGGCGAUGUCCAUGGUCAGUUUUAUGAUCUCUUAAAUAUUUUUGAGCUGAAUGGUCUGCCUUCUGAAGAUAAUCCAUAUCUGUUUAAUGGCGACUUCGUGGAUAGGGGAUCUUUUUCUUUGGAGGUCAUUCUGACCUUGUUUGCAGUUAAAUGCAUGUCUCCAUCAGCUAUACAUCUCUCUAGAGGAAAUCAUGAGAGUAAGAGUAUGAACAAAAUGUAUGGUUUUGAAGGCGAGGUUAAGACAAAGCUUAAUGGAACGUUUGUAGAACUGUUUGCAGAAGUAUUCUGUUGUUUGCCUUUGGCUUAUGUAUUGAACGAGAAGGUUUUUGUCGUUCAUGGAGGCCUUUUUAGUGUUGAUGGGGUAAAACUCUCUGACAUUAGAAGGAUAGACCGUUUUCGUGAACCUCCAGAAGAAGGAUUAAUGAGUGAAUUGCUAUGGAGUGAUCCUCAACCUUAUCCUGGAAGAGGCCCUAGUAAACGAGGCGUGGGUCUUUCCUUUGGCGCAGAUGUAACAAAAAGAUUUUUGCAGGACAAUAACUUAGACUUACUCGUUCGAUCUCACGAGGUGAAGGAUGAAGGCUAUGAAAUUGAGCAUGAUGGUAAACUCAUCACUGUAUUUUCUGCUCCAAAUUAUUGUGAUCAAAUGCGUAACAAAGGUGCUUUUAUUCGCUUUGAAGGACCCAAUAUGAAGCCAAACAUUGUCACUUUCUCUGCCGUGCCACAUCCUGACGUGAAGCCUAUGGCAUAUGCAAACUUCUUCCAGUUAUUUCAAUAGCUGACAUUAACUACUUUUACUCCAAAAUUUUACGUUCUACAGGAAUCACUCAAGAAGCUGGUGCCAAAAUGGCAAAUUCAGUACCAAUAUAUUGAUUCUUUUACAUAAAAUAGUUAUUAAUAUUUUGCCAACUGACCUGUGUAGUUAUACUGGGAAAUUCCCUUCAUUUUCUGGCCAAGGGAGGUUUUUCUUCUCUUCUUCUUCGUUUUUUUUU